AUGGAUGGGAAAAGGAUGAUUGAUUUAUGAUCCCUAGACUAAGAUGCGUGUGUGUGUGUGUGUGUGUGUGUGCGUGCGGGGAAGGAAGAGAGUUUCCUUAUCUGAACAAUGGUUGUAAACAAGUGUCAUUGUGAUACGGUCCAUCUCUAUUUCCAAUCUUCCAUGAAAACAUGAUUGGUCAAGGGGAAAUAUUUCUUUAGUAGGAAACAUGUGAGGGUUGACAUCAAGAAGGGUUUCUGGCCAUAGAAAAUAUGCCUCAACACAUUCCAUUCAACUCUUGCAAGCAUGGAAAAGUGGAUGUUAAGACAAAGAUAAUGAUGAGGAGACUAUAAGUUUCCUAGACGAAUCUCCCCGAUGGCUCCUCAAUAAAAAGAGAACAAAAGAUGCCAACAUAAUUCUUAGCAACAUCGCCAAACUGAAUAAAACAGUUUUGCCUCAAACAGAAAUCGUCAACAUUUUCUCAUCGUAUACUAAAAGAGUAGAAAUCUGGAAAAUGUUUACCAUUCCUCAGCUUCUAAAACGGACCCUAAUUUUGAUGCUAAACUGGGCGAUUGUGAGCUUGGUAUAUUACGGCCUUACUCUUAAUGUAGGCAGAUUGUAUGGCAAUCUCUAUUUGAAUUUUUUUUUGAAUUCGGUUGUCGAGUUUCCAGCGAAUAUUCUCUGUAUCCUUCUGUUAAAUCGUGUUGGAAGAAAAAAAAUGCAUGCUAGCCUGAUGGUUUUGGCUGGAGUUGCUUGUAUCGCUGGAAUAUUUCCCGUCCUCUAUGGCACUAAAGCCCAUCGAUGGAUAUUAACCGCCAGUUCAAUGUUAGGCCGUUUGUUUAUCACCGCAGCUUUUUCAAUUGUGUAUUUAUACACUUUGGAGUUGUAUCCAACUUGUAUAAGAAACGGUGCAUUGGGGGUUAUGUCUACCUUUGCCCGUGUUGGCGGCAGUGUGGCACCUUACAUUCUCAACUUUUCAGAUUUGGUUUCUGGCAAGGUUGGUCGAAUAAUGCCGAUGAUUCUUAUGGGAACACUUUCUAUAAUCGCGGGGCUAUUGUCAUUAUUGUUACCUGAAACAAACAACCGGAAAAUGAUGGACAACUUCAAUGAUGUGACCAAAUCUGGAGAACUGGAGUUAGCUACUAAAAAGGAUGCAAUUCUAAAGGAAGAAACUCACCCUAUGAAACCGAGACAACCUGAAGAGGAUAUAAACUCUUAAUGUGUUGGGAAGACACUCAGCAACAAAUGGAAAUGAAAGUGAAAGAAGAUAAUGAUAAUAAUAAUAAUAAUAAUAAUAAUAUGUCGAAAUAUCAUUCACUAGAUGACAAUGGCACUUAUCUUUUAAUUUUGAUUUAAUAAUGAUAAAAAUAAAAAUAAUAAUAAUAAUAACUCAACUUUUGUCCCUUCAAAGUACUUCAUCAGAUUCUGAUGAAUUUUAUUCUUCAUCUAAAUAGAUGAACAGAAUCCUCCAGCAUAAAUUAAAAGAGGGUUAUUUCAAUAAUGACUUGAAACCUGAACAUCUCAGAUCCACAUCAAUCACCCUUCUACCAUUGCUAAUAUUUUCUCACUAGAUGUGGAUGCUAUGUGCAAUUGGCUACCUCACUUCAUGCAAGUUCUUGGUUUACCUGAUCAUGUAAAAAUACCGACUUGCACACACCAUUCCACAUAUCUUAUUCGAUGGCUACUCUUCUAGACUCGUCCUCUGAGAGGAGACUCCACAGCACAAUGGUUUCUUUCCUCAUAGCAGCAUGGAUAUCACUACCUCACAUUUAUAAUAACAACAUUAUAUUACUACCUCUGCAUGUUUGGAAGAUCAGUUAGAAAUAGUAGCUGAAUCUCCCUCAUCUUACUACAUAAUCUCUUGUGUAUGUUUACAUGUAUUUGUUUGAC